UAUGCGAGUUGGUUUGUUGGACCAUUGUCCAAAAUUUUGAGAAUAUUCAAAGCAAAUUUUAAGGCAAAAGUUAUACUCCUCUUUUCCUUUCCUACAAAGAAAGGCGAAACCUUUUAUCAACUGACGAAUAAAAUAAACAAAACCAAAAAUAAAAAUUGGCGCUCGAUAGAAUAUUCCAAAGCAAAUGGUGUCUAGGGUUUGUGCGCUCACCACAUUCUCGUCUCGUGCGGUAUAUCUAUCUCUCUCUCUCUAUAUAUAUAUACAUACACACCGCUUGAUUCGAACGCUUCACACCUUCACUUCAAUUGCAAACCAAUACCCUUGGGCGAAAAUGGAGAAGACCUUCAUUAUGAUCAAGCCUGAUGGUGUUCAAAGGAACCUGGUUGGUGAGAUUAUUGGCAGGUUUGAGAAGAAGGGUUUCACUUUGAAAGGGUUGAAGUUUGUGAGUGUAGAUCGUGCUUUUGCUGAGAAGCACUAUGCCGAUUUAUCUGCAAAGCCCUUCUUCAAUGGUCUGGUUGAGUACAUUAUCUCGGGCCCUGUUGUUGCGAUGGUUUGGGAGGGCAAGAAUGUCGUAACCACGGGGAGAAAGAUCAUUGGUGCCACAAACCCUGCUGAGUCUGCCCCUGGCACCAUCCGUGGUGAUUAUGCCAUUGAUAUCGGCAGGAACGUGAUUCAUGGCAGUGAUGCUGUGGAGAGCGCAAGGAAGGAGAUUGCUCUAUGGUUCCCAGAGGGGAUUGCAGAAUGGAGGAGCAGCCUUCACUCGUGGAUCUACGAAUGAACUCCCAACUAUUAUGCGUAUCGCCAUUGCCUGCUGUACCCUCAACUUAUGUAUUUAGACUUUGAUUUUGCCUUUGAAUGUUUGAUGAUGCUCA